AUGCCCCGAGGAAAGAGCGGUCCCCGAAUGCUCAGUGGCUUGAACCUCGACAAUGUCGUCGCCGAUGCCACAGAAGAGAGCAUUGAGCGUGAGAGCGAAGAUGAAUCUACCACCGACAAGCGCCCUGCGACUGGCCGACGCUCUCUUCGACAGGGCAAGACUGAUGCUCCGAUUUACGACAUGAAGCAUCAUCCAAUGGACGUCGUGACGCGACCGAACAGAGCGGCGACCAUCAGACAUCGUUCCAAGUCUGUGUCUUUCGCCCUGGACGACGAUGACGAGGCGGAGAGCAGUGGGGUGUCCUCUGGCCCCAGUGACGGUGGCGAUACCUCUGAUGACGAAGAGUCUGAGGACGAUGGGGACGCCGAUGAAGAGCAGUAUCGCAUGAUCGCAACACCACGAACGCCUGACCCUCGUGCAAUCCGCCACUCAGCCCGCAGCGAAGCUCGCAAGCCUAUCAACUACAGCAAGAAGUUUCACCCGCAGGACUACGGACUUCCUGGCUACAAGCACAGAGCGCAAGCACAGAUGCAGAUCGUUACCCAUCCGCAGGUGCACAUCUUCAGUUCGGCGUCGCCAAAGAAGCGCGAGCAUCUCUUGCCAACGCCCGAAGACGAUGGGCAGAUUGACCUCCUCAGCGCAUAUGAUGCGGCACGCGAGGAGGAAGAGGAACAGGAGCGGCGCGAAGUACAGCGACCGCGCAAGAAGCUGCGAUCGCUCCAUCCGAACAUCAUCAGCAGCCCUCGUGUCAACAUGAAGACUGGAAUGCAUGCCAAAGACAUGCCUGCUGUUCCAGACUCCGAUGAUGUUGAGGAUCUUGUCGCCAUGGCUCUUAGAGCAUCUCAACCGCCACCACGUCAGCCAAAUAUCUCGUCGGAAGACAACAUUGGGGAGGCACUUGGGUUUAUCAUGACUGGACCAAAGCAGCCAAUCGAGAUCAGCAGCCAAAAGUCUGGCGAGAGUCUAUCAGAACCCACCGACGAAGAGGAAGAAGAAGCACCUGCAGAACAGCAGCCAGAAUUGAGUCAUCCGACUCCCGGCGCCCACAAGCAAGACGAAGGCGCGAGCAUUCAGCAGCCGCUGGAUGAAAACUCCGUUCAUUUCCAGCAGUUGGAAGAUGAUGAAGAGGAUGUCGACCUUCAAGAUCAACAGCCAGGUGAUGAUCAAGAAGAUGGCGGCGACCAUGACCGUCAACCACAGCACGACUCGAUGACAGGUCAUCAUCCUGCUGGCGAAAAUGAUUCGGGACAGCAACCAGAUGAUCAGCUAGAGGACGUCAAUAACAACGACCAACAACGAGAGUAUGAGGUGACGGAUCACCAACAUGCUGGUGCUCCUGCUUCAGGGCAGCAGCCAGACCGUGUCCGUGAGGAUGUCGGCGAUCAAGAACAGCUUCCAGAGCAGGAUGAUGUGACAGAUCAUGAACACGCUGGCGCUCCUGCUUCGGGGCAGCAUCCGGACCGGUCUCAUGAAGACGGCGAUCACAUUGGACAACAGCCAGAGCCGAGAACGUUGCUCAGCAGAGUGUCUCAGAGAAUGAGUGGCCUGUUCGCCCGACCGCAGGUGAACACCCAGCCGGAGUCAAAUCAACAAGCAGAAUGCGGUCCUAUGGUCGACCAGGACGACCGCAAUGACGAAGAAGAGCAGCAACGUCAUUCUCCAGAAGUUGAGGAUGAAUACGCAGCCCCAGAGGUGGAAGAUGCUGUCACCGAGGAGGAGGAGCAACACCGAGCUUCGGAGUUCGACGAGCAAUACGCCAUUACAGAGCCAGCAUUCCAGGCCCCGGAGGAUGAACGAAGUGGUGAUGCAAGCAACGCUUCAGACCCAAUCAACUGGGUGCUUCCCCCUGGAAGUCAAGAUGGUCCUGACCCGACGAAUUCAGACAUGCCGCCCGUGCCUGGCAGUGAGGAUGGCCCCGACCUGACGAGCGAUUCGGGCGCUUCCGUGUGUCGAUGA